ACACACACACACACACACACACGCACACGGAUCGGUGGGCGGCUCCUAACCCUUCAAGAUGGAAACUCUUGCGUGACCACCCACCCCUCCACGGCAAGCCCAGAACGUCGUUCACCAGCAUUCGAGUACUCGGCGAGCACCAGGAAAAAGCCCAACAGGCCCAAGCAUGAGUUACCCUGGCUACCCUCCUCAAGCUGGUGCAUACCCACCACAACCUGGUGCUUACCCACCCCAAGUAGGCGGCUACCCUCCUCAGCCUGGUGCCUACCCUACUCAGGCCGGUGGAUACCCACCACAACCCGGUGCGUACCCUCCCCAAGCCGGCGGCUACCCACCCCAGGCGGGCGGCUACCCACCCCAGGCGGGCGGCUACCCACCCCAGGCGGGCGGCUACCCACCCCAGGCGGGCGGCUACCCACCCCAAGCGGGAGGUUACCCAUCUCAGGCAGGAGGUUUUCCACCCCAGGCUGGAGGCUAUCCACCAGCACCUCCACAAGGCAGCUGGGGAGGUGGGCCAGCUGGAGGAUAUCCUUCCAUAGGUGUGGACAACCUUACCAACCCGGGAUACAAUGCCGGCAUGGCCUACCAGAUGUGCCAAGGUGUAGGGUGUUUUUCUCCAAACCCCUCCUUGUACGCCCAAGCCCCCGGGGGAUACCCGCCUGUCUAUCUACCAGGCGGGUAUGGUGCCCCUUUCCCUAACCAUCAGUCAUAUGGCCUGUACUCACAGCCAGGAGGAGCCAUGCCUCAAGGGCCAGGGAUGGGCUACCCCGGCCAGCCUAUGCCCGGCUACCCUCGCGCACCUUCUCCCAACCCCACCGGGUACGGAGCAGCACCGGCGCCUAUGCCCGGGUACCCAAAGGUCCCCUCUCCGAAUCCAUCCGCGCAAGCCUACGGAGGCGGAGGCAUGCCGAUAGCGCCGCCUGUUAAUAAAGGGUUCAGAGGGACAAUCAAGGACUUUCCUGGAGCAGACCCUCUCAAAGAUGUGGAAGUUCUGAGGAAGGCCAUGAAGGGCUUUGGAACGGAUGAGCAGGCCAUCAUCGACUUGCUGGGGAGUCGCUCCAACAAGCAGCGUGUUCCUCUGCUCCGUGCCUACAAAACCUCCUACGGGAAGGAUCUGAUUAAGGACCUCCACUCUGAACUGUCGGGUGACUUCAGGAAGCUGGUCAUGGCCACGUUGAAGAGCCCGUCUGCGUUUGACGCCUCGGAAAUUCACGAUGCCAUCAAGGGCGCUGGGACCGACGAAGCCUGUCUGAUAGAGAUCCUGUCGUCACGUUCUAACGCCGAAAUCAAGGAGAUAAGCCGUAUUUACAAAACAGAAUACAAGAAGUCUAUGGAGGACGCCAUCAGCAGUGACACCUCAGGACACUUCCGUAGACUCUUGAUCUCUCUUGCACAGGGUAAUCGAGACGAAAGACCAAAUGUCGACGUCUCACUGGCCAAGCAAGACGCUCAGGCCCUGUACGCUGCUGGAGAGAACAAGCUUGGGACGGAUGAAUCCAAGUUUAACGCCAUCCUCUGUGCCAGGAGCAAAUACCAUCUCAGGGCAGUUUUUAUGGAGUACCAAAAGAUGUGUGGCAGAGAUAUCGAGAAGAGCAUCAGCAGGGAGAUGUCCGGAGACUUGGAAAGUGGCAUGCUGGCUGUGGUGAAGUGUAUUAAGAAUACAACAGCCUACUUUGCUGAGCGGCUUUACAAGGCCAUGAAGGGGGCUGGUACGAAAGACACCACUCUCAUCCGAAUCAUGGUGUCCCGUUCUGAGGUCGACAUGCUGGAUAUCCGCAAGGAAUAUGUGAAAAACUACGGCAAGUCGCUGUACACGCACAUCUCUGGCGACACGUCAGGAGACUACAAGAAGCUCCUCCUCAAGCUGUGUGGCGGCAAUGACUGAAGCAAUCACAUUUUACGGGCCUUCAAUAGUAAUCCAUGUCCAAGCAAUAUACACAAACUGCAAAAAUGCCAAAUGCAUGCCACGCCAGUGUCUUCCUAUCGUAACCUUACAUGGCCACUUGCGAUAAUAUAAUGUGUGCACACAAAAAGCUUUUAUAUUUUUUACAUGCUGAUUAUUUGAGUUAAACUUGAGAGAAUUUCAAAAAGAAUGAUUUCUAUUUUUUAAAAUCUAUAAAUAUUGUUGUAUAUGUUUAUUGGGUCCCUAUAAAAUCAUGCUGUAGUGUCAAUUGUAGAUGUGCCUUUAUGAGCAGAUAUUUUAUAUCUACUUCAUGUCUCAAAAAUGGAAUAAUGUUCGGGCUGAAAUGAAAUGCACAAUUGCACUACAUAUCACGCUGUGCCCUGUGAUGGCUAUAGUAAGCCUGCUUUAACAUUUUCUGUCAAUGCUGUACCCUAUGGUUUAGGAAAACGUGUAUGGUUCUAUGUCAAACAUUUGCCUGGAAUUUUAUAUUCAAAAAAUAAACAAUCACGGGUGACUA